AUGAAGGCUUUCUUUACUUCUGCUAGUUUACUUUUGGCUGCCACUUUAGGUGCUCUCAUGCAGGCUUCAAGUGCUGCUCCUGUUGCUCAAUCUAAUGAGGCUACUACAAUGGGAUAUGAAGCUGCUUAUUAUGAUCCUGCUGCAUUCACUGUGCCUUAUGCUUGGCCAUGGCCUUACUACAUAGCUUCUGCUGAAGAUAUUCAGGCUCUUCAACGUCGUCGUCCCCGUCCUGGUCCUCCUACUCCUCCCACUCCUCCUACCCCACCUACUCCUCCUGGUAGUGGUGGUGGUGGUGGUGGACGCUUCCCACCUACUCCACCUACCCCACCUACCCCACCUACUCCUCCUGGAUUUCGUUCCCAUGAAGACAACUUGGCUAAAGCUUAA